CUCUUAGCAGACAACCUCCAGUCAGUGUAUGCGCAGAUGGGCCUCUCCUACUUCGGCGAUGAGUUCCUAAACACCAACAGACACAGGGCAGAGGAACUGCGACUUAUGAACCCCAACGGCCAGAUGAGCGAUCUCGACAUAGCCUACGGAAAGCUGACGGAAUUAAAG